GCUGUUGAUACGGAAACAGUUGUUGUAAACUGUUCUAAUUCAUUCCAAUUCAGGUGGGGUGGAUUCUCCUUUGCUAAAUUUCAUAAUAAAUAAUCCUUAAAUCGAUUGCAAAAAUGUUGCGAAACUUAAAAAUAAUUUACCGACUGUCAGAUCGUCAAUAUACUACGAAAGCAAAACGGAGUGUUUUAAUGCAAGACAAAUCGAAGAUUUUAACUUACACUCCCAAAGUAUCAGAUCCGAAACAGCGUCGGGUUUAUGCUUGGGGCUUUCAAGAGACAGGAGCUUUGGGUCUACAAAGUAAUAUCCGCAAAUCGAAGGAGCGUUACACCGAAAUGGUACAUCAUCCAACACGAAUGCAGUUCUCAGUUAACACAGAUAUUACAGAUAUUGCAGCCGGUUAUGGAUUCUCUGCGUUUGCAGUGCAGCGUUCCGAUGGUCAGACACUCUUUGGUUCUGGAUUAAACACUGAUUCCCAGUUGGGAUUUCAAGUUAAGGGUAGCAUAAAGGAGCCCACAAAAUUAGAUGUAAUAAUCUAUCCUACCGCCAUAAAUCUGCCAAGGCGCGAAAAUGAAACUGACGCAGACAUGCAAGUGCGUUGUAUGGCAGCUGGACGCGCACAUUUGGUUGUAAUUACACAAAAUGGCACCAUUUUCACAAUGGGUAACAAUGCCUAUGGUCAGUGCGGGCGUGCUAUAAUCGAAAAUGAAGACUAUCGUGGUAGUGCGCUUAUACACCGUAUAUCCGAAACGGAAAUUUGUAAGCCAGAUGAUGAAAUUGUCUCUGUACAAUGUGGACAAGAUCACACUAUGUUCCUAACAAAAUUGGGUUGUGUAUACACAUGUGGCUGGGGUGCAGAUGGCCAAACAGGAAAAGGGCAUUACGAAACAAGUGGUGAAAUUGACUUAGCCAAAGGAGAUAUCACUGGCGAACGUAUAGUGAAAUUGACAUGCGCUUCCGAUUGUGUUUUAGCUUUAAACGAUAAAGGAGAAGUAUUUGGCUGGGGAAAUUCUGAAUAUGGACAACUAGAUGAUAGCGAAAAUGCCGAGACUCAAGUCAAUACACCGCGCGCAUUAACCUUAACUAAAGGCAUAGGAAAGGUGAAAGAUAUAGCAGCCGGCGGCUCAUUUUGCAUGUUAUUAAACGAGGAGGGACUUGUAUAUACCUGGGGUUACGGUAUACUCGGAUUUGGUCCUUAUGUGGAGCAAACUUCGAAACCACAACAAUUAUUACCACCUUUGUUUGGGCGUAAUGACUUCAGUGACCAAACUAGUGUGACGUCUAUCGGGUGUGGUGUAUUUCACAUGGGUGCAAUAAACUCUGAUGGUGAUCUCUUUAUGUGGGGCAAGAACCGUUUCGGUCAUCUUGGAUUGGGUCACAAAAAAGAUCAAUUUUUCCCCUUCAAAACAGCAGUGAAUGGCAAAGUAAUUAAAGUUGCUUUUGGUGUUGAUCAUACAUUGGCACUGUGUCGGCCAUUUAUAUAAAUAUUUCUAUUGUAUUGAAGGUUGAAUAACUGGAAACAUAUAUUUUAAGUAGUUUUAAGCAAACUUAGCAUAAUAAAUAAAUUAAAAAAUAAAACGUUUAAAUCUACAUACAUAUAUCUACUAAGGUCAAAGGUAAAAUUUUGUGGCCCUUCCACCCUCCAUUGACAAGGUUAAACAAUGGUUUUUCCGAGGUGUAAUAUCCCAAAAAUUCAUCAAAAUAAUUUCCCAGUACAUCUAACAAGUAUGAAACCGUCCUCUAAUUAGUGAAAUAAUAAGACAACAACAACUAAGACUUGAAGUGGAUUUUCCUUUAUUAACAUCAUAUUUUAACAUUGAAAAGUUGAUUUAUUGCAUUUCUGGUUCUCAUUAAAUAUCGAAUGAAUCGUAAAAAGCAAUUAUAUUGAUAUGUUGAAAAUUUAAAUUGUUCAACUAAUUUUUAUGUCGAAAAUCGAGAGAGCAUUCUUUAGUAGUUGCUGCAAACGAUUCAAAACAAAACUCGGCAAUCAUAUGCAUAUAUUAUAAAAUAUAUAUAUUGGGGCACUUUCAAAUGAUACAAAAUGGAACUAGUGCAUCACAAUCGAUUAUAAUACAAUACCUUUUACAAUUAUGUAAAACAAUUUAUGAGUUAAAAAGAGAGGUUCCCAAUAAAAAUAUGAAUAUAUGUGUAAACAUUAUUAUAGUACAUUGGAAUAUUUAAAGUAUAUUACUAAAGCAUUUGUAAAGUUGUAAUAGGAAAUAAUUAUAAUGUAUAAACAGUGCGACAAUGAAGUUCAGUAUGCAUAUUUUAUCUUUAGUCAUAUUGUUGAAGACUCUCCCAAUUUUACUAACAACUUGCCUGAGACCUACAGCUGUUGGUGCUGCCGCACUGCGAGUUCAUGACAUACAUAUAUAUGUUAUUAUA